AUGUCAAAAUUAUCUAGUGUAGAAAUUAUCAACGAACAAAAGGCAAAGACAAUUUUGGAAAAAUUAACACACGCUGAACUUGUAUUAUUUGGCACAAAUUUAUGGGACACUGGAGAAUUAUCUGAAAUCAUAUUACUGGAAAAUUGUAAUGCAAAAUAUGGAUCAUUUGAAAAUACGCAGUCUGAUCUUCAGGCAUAUGUGAACGCACAUAUUGAAUCAAAUUUCGAGUAUUUAUUAUUAAUGUCAUUGAAUUUUGAAAAUAACGAGGCAAAUCGAAUUGGUUUUUCUAUUAUCGUUAUGAUUCAAUUUAUCACCAAGUGAAGUGGAACAAUGAAUUUAAAUCAAUUGCCACAUUUCAAAAUGGCCGAAGAAGCAUUGAGACUUUACGCACAAACGAAAAAUCAUCCCAAACAAAACGUAGCAGUUGCACAUUAUUUGGAAGAAGAAUUCAUGGAACCACAAGCCGAUUGUAUUCGAAAAUUGGCAGGACACUCCAAUGACGACAAAAAUAUUCUACAAGAUUGCGAUGUAUUUCUCUUCAAUGAAUAUGAUAGACUUUUUUUAAUAAAAUUCAAUUAAGAAUUAAAUUAAUUCACUUCAUGUGAUUUUGUCAUUUAAUAUAUUUUCGUUACUCUAUCAAUUAUUGUUU